UCUGGGUGGUGGGGGAGGCAGGCUGGAUAAAAUCCCUGUCUUUCACCUGGGCUGGAGUCCAGCCCCAAAAUAGCAGUCCAAAAACAAGAUCACAUGAGAGGAAAAAAAUAGCCAGGCGAAGGAUUAUCCAUACUUCCUUGUCCUACGUGGGUGCAGAGCGGCAGCCUGUGCUGCCGGCCACGGUGCCCACCGGCCGAUGCCAGCCUUCUCCUCGGACCCGGCUCAUCCCCAAUGCCCGCGCCCCUCUGAGACACGCUGCCGGUCUCCAGAGCCUCCCGUGCCCGGCCCCGCUCUCCUCGCCGCCGCCUUCCCCGCCGCGCCGAGAGGCGGCUUUGCAGCAGCAGCAGCUCGGCUUCAUCCCCGGCUUCACCCCUUUCUCUGCCCUCGCUCGACUCGGCGGAGCCGCAGCCGGGAGGAGCGCAGCUCGCGCCCGUCCGCCGGGAGAGGCUGAGCGAUGGCCGAAGGGGAGAUCACCACCUUCACUGCCCUGACCGAGAAGUUCAACCUCCCUCUGGGGAACUACAAGAAACCCAAACUCCUCUACUGCAGCAACGGGGGCCACUUCCUACGGAUCCUCCCAGAUGGCAAAGUGGAUGGGACCAGGGACCGAAGUGACCAGCACAUUCAGCUCCAGCUCAGUGCGGAAAGCGUGGGAGAGGUGUAUAUAAAGAGCACCAAGUCUGGGCAGUACCUGGCGAUGGACACCAACGGGCUGCUCUACGGCUCGUUACUGGGGGAGGAAUGCCUGUUCCUUGAAAGAAUAGAAGAAAACCAUUACAACACGUACACCUCCAAAAAGCACGCAGAUAAGAACUGGUUUGUUGGUCUGAAGAAGAACGGGAGCAGCAAGCUGGGGCCACGGACUCACUAUGGCCAGAAGGCGAUCCUCUUCCUUCCGCUGCCUGUCUCAGCUGACUGAGCCCCAUCCCAGGAGCUCAGAGAUGACCCGAACCCCAAAACCUAGCUGCCGCCUCCUCCUUUUCCCUCGCGCUCUCUCUUUUUGGCUAGCAUGAUAGGGCCAAACGUUAGGGCUCCGAGCUUUAGGUGAAGGCUUUACCAAAAACAGACAAAGUAGAGCUCCUUUGCUCUGUGCGAAGCUUUGCAGAAGUGAGGGGAAAAGCCCCAACACCCCCAAGGCCCACCUGCACCCCCGUCUCCCCUGCAGCACGGGGCCACCUCAAACCAUGACCGCCCUGCAGCUCCUGGGGACCCACAGAGAACUGUCCCAGGCAGGCACCCAGCAACGAGGCCAAGGGCACCCCAAGGACGCCCCAAAUACAAGGGGAAUGCACGCUUUUACUGUCCCACGUCCAUCUAAGGCAAAACGUCCCAGGAUAUUCUGCAUUAACGUAUUUACUCACCUAAGUAUGUAGCUUCUAAUAUACCCUUCAAGCAGUUUCCGAGUGUACCACCAGUCAUGUUACCAAGUGGCAGCCUGGUUAAAUGCUCACAGACACCCUCCGCAUUUUAAACUAAAGCAGCAUCAGCCAAAAUUCUGAGCUCUAGACACCCGAACCUCCCUUACAACAGGAAUACUGCUGUAUUUCAUGCUAGUAUCUGCCGUAUGUUAUUUGUAUUUAUUUAUUAAGUAAAUCUGUCUCUUUGACACUCUGUUCAUAAGUAAUUCAAGGCACCAAAGCCCCUCGACGUUGUUCCAGUGAGGAUGGGGCAGAGCGGGAGAGUCUGGGGUCUGAUGUUAGGGUGUGAUGGUGCACCAGGCAUGGGCUGCAUCACAGCAGUGCCUCACACCCUCUCCUCAGGGGGCGUCUCUCACUCCCCCAGCUCAAGAGCAGCUUCUGCCAAAUAAGAGCAUCAUUAGAGCACCACGCUGCCACGCUCUACCCUGGCUCCUCGGGCACCUGCGGAUGCCCACAGUGACCGGGCACGAGUUGCACGGGGGCACAGGUCAGCCCAGGCACCCCUGGGGCAAAGCCUUAUCACCCAGCACUUCUCCAAUUGCUGCUUCCCCAGCAGGGAGUGCAUUUUACCUUACAG